AUGGCAGCUCCGAUGACAGAGCUCUUGUGCUACAGAGGAAUCACGGCUUCUCCCACUCUCUCCAAAACACUUUCUCUUCUCUCUUUCCCAUUUCAAAUCCCCAAAUCUCUAUCUUCUCCCAUCCCUCGCGCUCCGCCGCUUUCCCUCCACACUUGCCUUCCCUCUCUUCCUCGCUUCCUUUCCCGCCUCUCCACCAAAGAUUUCAAUAUCUCCAUAACAGAUGACCAAGAAGAAGACGGAGAAGAAGAAGAGGAAGAAGAAGUGGGAGAGCUCGUGGAUGAGUCGGACGGCGGAGACGAUUUAUUAACGGUCGACGCCGAUGACCUCGAAGAAGACGCUCGAUACGUGGUUCAAGAGUUCUCUUCCACCUUGUCCAGCCAGCUCAGAAUCGAAGAUGAGAAGGAUGACCAAGAGAAAGUUAGUCGAAAGCAGAGGAGGCAGAAAAGUACAGUUAAAAGUAUCCCUGACCAUCUUCUUCCAAGGGUAGCAAUUGUUGGAAGACCGAAUGUUGGUAAAUCAGCAUUAUUUAAUCGCCUUGUCUCGGGGAACAAUGCAAUUGUAGUUGAUGAACCUGGGGUUACUAGGGAUCGCCUUUAUGGUAGGUCCUUUUGGGGAGAUCAUGAAUUUAUGGUGGUGGAUACUGGUGGUGUUCUUACAGUUUCGAAGUGCCAGGCUAGUGUCAUGGAAGAGUUAGCUAUUUCAACAACCAUUGGUAUGGACGGAAUUCCACUUGCCUCCAGGGAGGCAGCUGUUGCCAGGAUGCCUUCGAUGAUAGAGAAGCAAGCUACUGCAGCUGUUGAAGAAUCAUCUGUCAUUAUAUUCCUUGUUGAUGGCAAGGCAGGUCUAACUGCAGCAGAUGAGGAAAUUUCAGAUUGGCUACGUAAGAACUACUCAGAUAAGUACAUCAUUCUUGCAGUUAACAAGUGUGAAUCUCCACGUAAGGGGAUCAUGCAAGCAUCAGAGUUUUGGUCGUUAGGGUUUUCACCACUUCCUAUAUCUGCUAUAUCUGGAACUGGAACUGGAGAGCUUCUUGAUCUUGUGUGUUCAGGGCUGAAAAAUAUUGAGGACCCAGAAGAUUUUGCUGAACAAGAAGAUUAUGUUCCUGCAAUUGCGAUUGUUGGCCGACCAAAUGUUGGUAAAAGUAGCAUUUUGAAUGCAUUGGUUGGGGAGGACAGGACAAUUGUUAGCCCAGUCAGUGGAACUACCCGUGAUGCAAUUGAUAUUGAAUUUAUUGGACCAGAUGGACAGAAGUUCCAGCUAAUUGAUACUGCAGGAAUCAGAAGAAGAGCAGUCGUUGCUUCAUCAGGUAGCAUGACAGAGGCUUUAUCGGUAAAUCGAGCAUUUCGUGCCAUUCGUCGUUCUGAUGUUGUGGCUCUUGUAAUUGAGGCCCUGGCUUGUAUCACAGAACAGGAUUGCAAGAUUGCUGAAAGGAUAGAAAGAGAAGGUAAAGGCUGCCUGAUAGUUGUAAACAAAUGGGAUACCAUACCGAAUAAAAACCAGCAGACUGCAACAUACUAUGAGCAGGAUGUUAGGGAAAAGCUUCGUGUUCUUGGUUGGGCACCUAUUGUAUAUUCAACUGCAAUAGCUGGUCAAAGUGUUGACAAGAUUAUCAUUGCUGCUAGCACAGUUGAGAAAGAAAGAUCAAGAAGGCUUAGUACUUCUGUAGUAAAUCAAGUUGUACAGGAGGCACUAGCUUUUAAAUCACCACCAAGGACACGAGGUGGCAAAAGAGGGCGCAUUUAUUACUGCACUCAGGCAGCUAUAAGGCCACCAACAUUUGUGUUCUUUGUCAAUGAUGCAAAACUUUUCCCAGAGACGUACCGCCGUUAUAUGGAGAAGCAACUGCGUUCAGAUGCUGGGUUUCUGGGAACUCCAAUUCGGCUUCUUUGGUCUAACAGGAGGAAAACAGAGAAAGAGGAAGGCAGAGCUGCAACGAGGACACAAGCAAAUCUUGUGCCACGUGACAGAAAAUUGGAGUUAGCUACAUGA